AUGUGGCCAAGGACAGAUAGUUUGGACAUUGAGCCUCCUGUUUUCAAAGAACACAAGGGCAGUGCACAGACUAAGAGGAGAAAGGGCCAAUUUGAGAAGCCAGCUCCCAAAGACACUUCAAGGAUGGCCUCAAUUACCUGCUCCAACUGUAAUAAGGUGGGCCAUAGGUACACCAAUUGCCAAGAUGCUUUGAAGCCUGCACUGGCUAUGAGAAAUAACAAACAUCAGCCAAGCACCAGCUCUUACCCACCUGAUAGUAGAACUACAGCAGCACCUGCAAGGACUGCAGCCUUUGCUGGUGGAUCAUCAAGGAGGGCAACAACUGCUGCCAGUAGACCAGCUCCAGCAAGGAGGGAAACAUCUGCUGCAAGGAGGGCAACAUCUGCUGCUGCAUCAGCUGCUCCCAAGAAUAAGGCACCAGCAACUAGAUCUUCAUCAGCUGCUGCAAAGGGACCAAGGUUAGCUUUCUUGCCUCCAAGACCAACUGAUGGUUCCCAGAGAGUCAGGAAGCCCAGCUACAGAAUGAAGGGAUACUUGACUGCCUCUGGUGCAGAAUGGUGA